UUGACCGUAGCAGAUACGUGAAAACAUAAUUUUUAUAAUGUCUGUCGAUCCGUUAAUCUUCAUGCCCGUGGAUAGAUGGAGUGAACUUAAGUUAGCGUUUAAAUCUGAUUGGCCGAGAAGCAUAUCUGGAUACCUUGUGUUGGAAACUCAAGAGUUUAUUUUGAAAUCUGGUAUCGAUUAUGGCUUCAAAGUGUAUUGCCCAUAUGGAAAUGUGAACAACGGAAUAGUUGCCCUGAACAUAAAGAAUGGAUAUUACGAAGUUAUCAUACAAUGCCCCAUAGAUGAUACCGGAGAACUUGAAGACGCAUUGAGAAAAACCAACAUAAUUGACUGGAGAAGAUGUAGGGUCCCUUACGCGCCUCAGCACAUACUUGAUUGUAUAAAAAGGUUAUAUCUAGAGAAGGAACUUAAAAUAUACGAUAUAUCGACGACUCGAACAUUUAUCUUGGGUAACGAAGUACCUCUAUACGAUGUCAGGACGGUCGGAAGGUCACUUGUGUGUGUUGCAACGUGUGACGAUACCCUAGCUGCAUCACACAUCCAGACCACCUCGUCAAUUGUGGUCGCGGCUGCUAUCAGUGCCGAGCAGGCCAAGAGGCGUAAAUAUAAAACCUGUAUAGAAGUAUAA